AUGACUUCGACCGUGGACGUGGCCGUGGACGUGGCCGUGGACGUGGAGCGCGCGCAAAAGGGCGCCGGCGGUGAGUCGCGAGGCCGGUGUAAGAUCGCGUGCCUGGUGUGCUCGGUGCUCGCGCUGUACGCGCUGGUGCUCGCGGGCGGGGCGCUCGGGUUCUGGACUCUGCACCAGCUGCGCGCGGACAUGGAGCGCUCGUGGGUGCCCACGCACGAGGCGCUGAGGAGCGCGGGGACGCACUUUAAGAUUCUAAGUGUCUUGUUGUUUCGUUUCUUUCAGGUUUCCUCUCGGAUUCAGAAUUUCGCCUACGUCCGCGCCAUCUCCAGUAAAAUCGAAAAUGAAGUGAUGCGAUGGGAAUCGUACCCAUUCGGCGACACCGACACCGUAGGCUCCCGGUACAGUUACGACUCCAAGCAAGCGACGGUGACGGUCAACCAGGAGGGCACCUACUUCCUGUACGUCCAGCUAACGCUGAACUGCAAGCAUCAUUGUGACAACGGCUCUCUCGGCGUCAACUUCGAGAGCGAGAGAGAGGAGAAGCUCCUCACCUGCGACCUCGACCUUCCGGAGACACCCUCCACACCCGUGACCAAGAAGUGCUGGACGGUGAUCCCUCGCCUGGCCAAGGGCAGCCGCCUGCACGCCAGGAUGGACACCAGGAAAAGGGAGUGGAAGAGCUGGACGAUCGACCUCAACCAGUCCGGGUUCGGGAUGUUCCUGGUGGACGGGCCCGGGACGGACUGAAAGGCGCAGGGGGCCAAACUGGCCCAGUAACGCCUCCAGUCGGCGCCGUUCCACUUUUGCACUUUGAACCUCUCUGGAAUGGUGUGACGUCCAAAAUACGGACCGCCGUCCAACGCUGCCUCUAAAGGGGGGGGCUACAGUAACUGUAUUGCACCCGUCAAUUAGGAUACGGGGCGCAAAACCUCAGGAAGAACUUCUGAAGAGCACUAUUUAUUGUUUUUAUAUUUGUAUUUAUAUUUUUUGUACAGACCUGUUUCAAUAUUUAUGGACACAGUAGGUCAAGAGUAGACGUCACUACACGCCGCAGGCCAACGAAGGCCGACGGCGACACAUAAGUGCCUCACAAAAACCUCUCGGAACCGAGAGGAGCUUCGGGAUCCUUCACUGUAACCACGUCAA